CUGAGGAUCUGACUUCUUCAAUAUCUCGAGUAACUUACACUAGAUACCCAAAAAUGAUGCACAUCAAGUACUUGUUCGCCCUCUUGGCUGUCAUGAUGCUGGUAAUCCUGGGAUCCAACCAAGUCGAUGCCGACUGUCUUUCGAGGAGAUAUAGGGGUCCCUGUGCCGUCUGGGACAAUGAGACCUGCCGACGAGUGUGCAGGGAGGAAAGACGACCCAGUGGCCACUGCAGUCCCAGCCUCAAGUGCUGGUGCGAAGGAUGCUAAAAUUACAUUUCAUUUUGCUCCACCAACUUUAGAAAUUCAAUAAAGUAAAUAUACUUUAUGGCAGGAAAACCAUUAUUGACUUACCGUUUGGUUUACAAUUAUA